GUGGUUUUUGUAAUAAAAUCAACAACGAAAAACUGCUAUCAUAAACAAAAAAAAUAUUGAUAAAUAAUUAAUAUUUUCCCGCUUAAUCAAUUUCGCAAUCGAAGUUGAAGUAUUUCAUAAUUGAAUUUCGUUCUAUAAUUAGAAUAUUGAACGACAAUUAAUUAUUAAAACGAAACCAAUGGUUUUUAAAGAGAGAAUAAAACCCCACCUGAGUGUCAACAAUAACUGUUCGCUGCAGUUCUGCUUCCACCGAAGUCUCAACAUUCUCAUUCUCACUCUCGCGGUCGUUCUACAUUUACAUUCAAAUUUUCGUCAACAACAACGAGACCGCGAGUCAGGGAUAAAAAAUUAUUUUUCUAUUUCAUUAUUUCCAUUAUUUUUAGUGUAGUUUUGUGAAAGUGUGUUUAUAUAUUAAUAAAAAUGACAGAUGGAACUAUUAACAGAAAUAUUAGUAGUGAUAUUAAUCCCACUGUAAAUGGUAGUUCGAAUUUGGAAAUCGCGCAAAGUAACCAGGAUUUAAUUAUCUCAAAAGGAAGGUCGAAAAAGAGAAAAUGGCUAGUAACUGGCGUUAUAGUAUUAGUAGCAGUGGGUUUGGUAAUCGCUGCGAUUAUCUUAUUAUCAAAAGGAGAUGAUGCCCAUCACAAGGGAGCAGUGGCGGCGACGGCGGCAGCGCUUAACUUAGAAGACUAUCUUAACGGUAGAUUCCAAGCCAGAUCGUUUAAUGCUACAUGGACUUCGAAUGACGAACUUAUUUAUAGUAGAAAAGGCGAUGUUUUACUUCUUAAUCUUCGAGAUAAUACUACAAAAGUACUUCUUCCAGCAAACGAUAAUCUAUUGACAUCAGCUUUCGAUUUUCGACUAUCUGCAGAUGGUUUGUAUCUAUUAGUAGCUUUGAAUUACCAAAAGUUGUAUAGACAUAGUUAUAUCGCCAUUUAUAUGAUUGUCGAUUUGAAUACAGGCGAUAAAAUUGAAUUGAUACCAGGUGGAAAACCGGCACAGCUUGUCGUUUGGUCACCGUUUGGUAAUUCGUUAGUUUACGUUGCUGAAAAUAAUAUUUUUUAUAAAAAAACAGUGAGGGAUACAGCAAUAGCGAUAACAGAAACUGCGGGAUACGUUUCUAAUGGUGUUCCAGAUUGGGUAAACGAAGAGGAAGUGUUAAGUUCAAAUACAGCCCUAUGGUUUUCUCCAGAUGGAAAAAAAUUGGCCUUUGCAAGGUAUAAUGAUACUGAAGUGCCACUUAUGGUGAUACCAGUAUAUGGAGAACCUGGAAGCCUCACUUUCCAAUAUCCCAGAGCAAAUGUUAUCAAAUAUCCCAAAAGUGGUACUAGUAAUCCAGUGGUUAGUCUCCAUUAUGUCGAUUUAGAAAAUCCAAGCAUCGAAUACCAACUCAAAAUAUCAGUUGAUUAUAAAGACCAAGGAAUUCUAUCUGCUGUAAAAUGGGCUACAGACGAAGUUGUCACAGCCAUUUGGUUGAAUAGAGUACAAAAUAGAGCUGCAGUUACUGCUUACGACACUAGAACCAUGCUUCCAUCGCCGAAAAUAAUCGCAAAUUUGGCAUCUAAAAACGGUUGGUUAGAAUUAUUUACGCCACCAAUAUUUUCUAAAGACGGGUCCAAACUAAUUUUGAUCCUUUCCCAGGAUCAAGGAGAAAAUGCGGGAGGAUACAGGCAUAUAGUCUUGUUUAAUCGUACUGAAAAUGCCGAAGGGCAACCACUAACACAUGGUAAAUUUGUUGUUACAACCAUAAUCGGAUGGAAUCACGAAAACAAUUUGAUUUAUUAUCUAGCAAAUACAGAAUCGGAUUCUUCAGUGCAACAUUUAUAUACUGUAUCUCCUGAAACGAAGAAUGUUAAUUGUCUUUCUUGCGAUUUGAAAUCGAGUCAUAAUUCAUCAAUACCUUGUGCUUAUAACUUGGCAGAGUUCAGUGGAAACGGUUCAUAUUAUGUUUUCACUUGCGCAGGACCGGAUGUACCCCACAUUUCAAUUUAUGAUAAAGAUGGAAAAAUGGUGACUGUAUGGACUGAUAAUAAGGAAUUGGUGAAUUUUUUGAAAAAUAAACAACUGCCGGUUCUAAAAAAAUUAUCAUUUGAUGUCGCGGGUGGAUUUAAAGCAAACGUUUUAUUGCGACUUCCACCAAAUAUGGAUACCAGUGGACAAGUGAAAUAUCCCAUGUUGGUGAAUGUAUAUGGUGGACCUGAUACAUAUCAAGUAGUAGACAAAUUUUUAUUAGAUUGGGGUAGUUAUUUGGCGGCCAAUAAAAGUAUUAUUUACGCAGCUAUUGAUGGUAGAGGUUCGGGUUUAAGAGGUGAUAAAAUCAUGUUUGCAGGAUACCGAAAUUUGGGAACAGUAGAGGUGGCAGAUCAAAUAAACGUUACCAAGCUUCUUCAAAAAACACUACCUUAUGUAGAUGCUUCGAGAUCUGCAAUUUGGGGUUGGAGUUAUGGAGGUUAUGCUUCCGGUAUGGCUUUAGCUGAAGAUACUGAAGGAGUUUUUAAAUGUGGUAUAUCAGUAGCACCGGUAACGGAUUGGACUUUGUAUGAUUCCAUAUACACAGAAAGGUUCAUGGGUCUUCCUACGGUGUCGGAUAAUUUAGAAGCUUAUCAAAAAGCGCAAUUGUUGAAAAAUUACGAAGGUAUUAGAAAUAAAGAAUAUUUUUUGAUUCAUGGAACUCAUGACGAUAACGUUCAUUAUCAACAAUCUAUGUUAUGGUCGAAGGUGCUUGAAUUAAAGGACAUAUUAUUUCGACAACAGAGUUAUCCGGAUGAAGAUCACAGUUUAGGCUCCGUCCGACCGCAUCUCUACCAUUCAUUGGAAAAUUUCUUAGACGAAUGUUUUAUCAAAAAUGAAAAUUAAAUUUUACAUUCUACUUAAAGAACGAUAUCAACGACUGCGAUUUUUAUUACUUGAACUAGUCAAAAUACGAAAAGAGAAUUCUGUUGUCGGCCAUCGCUGUGAUUAAAUGGAAAAAAUGUAAUCGGACAGAAUCAAAGAUUUUAUGAAAUUUAAAGGGCUAGAAUAUGAAAUAAACAAUACAAUAAACGUGUGAAGAUAUGAAAGGUUUGAAAACAAACUAUUAAAUAAUAUUUUUGGAUAAAAAUAAAUGUUUUUUUUUUUAAAUUUUUCGUCUAUUAGUCCAUAACAAUUUUUUAUAAAACUUGUGCUGUUAGAAGUAUUUCUCUCUUCAAUAUUAUACCCUUGCCUUUCAACUUUCGUAGUAUUUGUAUUAUAGUUUGUGUACGAAACCCAUGGGUUCGACCACUAAACAUACCCUUGCUCAUGAGCUUAGCACACAAUAAUCAAUUGGAACAAACUUCGAUAAGUUUUGUGUCAAAUGUCAAAUUUGAAUACACGUCACAAAUUAUUUGUUUAUUAUUAUCCUUUGUUUAGGUUAUAAUUAAUCAAUAUCAACCAUAUUUAUUUAAAUAAUUAUUAUUAGGUUUCCCAAAUGUUAUUAAAAAUCGAACCAAAUCACUUAAUUUACUUAUAUAUUUGAUGUAACUUUAAAUUUACCAACGACACUUCUUUAUAUUAAAACAUUUGAUAGUUUUUUGUAUAUUAUGAAUAAAGUUCCGAAAAGAUCAAACCCCUAUUUUUCUGAGAUUGAUGCCAAAACUUGUCCUUGUUAGAGAAUAUAAUCCCUAAAAGGAUUUUUACUGAUAAAGCUUCAUUUACCAUCCAUGCAUAAAAGUUGAAACAAUUUUAUUCAAUAUCUCCGUAAAUAUUGAUUUUAGAGAAAAAAAGUUUCAUACAAAAAAUGAAGCUCAUAAAAAGCACUACAAAAAAGGUCGUAUACAUUUUUUACAUAAACCUAUUCCUUUGGCUAUUAUAAUCCAAAAUAUCUUGGCAGGAGUCUACUGGAACCUCCUCUAGGUGUGUAAGCUUUUUAAUGGGUUCCAUUUUUUGUCUGAAAUUUUCAUUUCUCAAAUCAAUAUUUUCAGAAAUAAUAAUUAAAAUUGUUAUAACUUUAAAGAAGGUCAGAUUAUAUUUUCAGAACUACACCCAAUUUUAUUAUAAUUAUUGUCUUAUUGUCUCUGCGUUAUUGUGAUCAAAUAAAUCUCUGUUGAUAUUUAAUGUUUAUAAAG